AGGAGCGUCUGUCAAGUGGAAGCAGCGGCUGAAACACCCACGUUCAUGUUCAACGUAAUAAUGUAGCUCAGCCUCAUUCAAAUCUACCGGAACUGUCUGGGUAUGAUCGUGUGUGUGUGAUAUCAGUCUAGGAAUUUGGCUGUCGCGUUUGUUUGUUUUUUUGUUCUCCUUGUUUUACUGUGAGAGACUGUGGAAUGCUGCUGGACGAGACUCCACUUUUUGAGCCCUCUCUGCUACAGGAGUUAGACUGGAGUAGCAACACUGUCUCCUUCUCUCCCCCCAUCUCACCAUCCAGUCCAGGAGAAGGCCUCAUGCUCCGGCCGCUGUGCUUGGCAGAUUUCAAUAGAGGAUUCUUCAAGGUUUUAUCUCAACUCACCAAAACCGGCAAUGUCACACCAGAGCAGUUUGCCAAGAAGUUUGAACAUAUGAAGAUGACGGGAGACUACUACGUUGUCGUGGUGGAGGAUACGAAUCUGGGAGAGAUUGUUGCUACGGCCACACUGAUCACUGAACACAAAUUCAUUCACGCCUGUGCAAAGAGGGGCCGUGUGGAGGAGGUAGUUGUCACAGAUGUGUGCAGAGGGAAGCAGCUGGGGAAACUAUUAGUUUCAACUCUUACUCUUCUCAGCAAAAAACUGAAUUGCUACAAAAUCACUCUGGAAUGUGCACCCAAAAAUGUGGGUUUCUACCAAAAGUUUGGCUACGCUGCUGCAGACGACACGUACAUGCAGUGCAGAUUCUUCGACUGAGGACAAGUGAAGCUGUAAACCCCAGGUUUUGGGGAUAUGGACCAUUUAUACAUCUACUGAUUUCAGCACUUAAAAAGAGAAUCUUAACCGCUGGGGGGAGCUGCCCAGGAAUGAGUUUGUUGUUUUGGCACAGUUGGAUCGUCUCUGAGCACACAUCCUAAUAUCAGAACAUCUGCAUUUGUACGGUGAUGCUCAAUUUCACGCAAGAAUUUGCCCCUUUGGUAGCUGUGGCUACUUCUCCAGGGUAGAUGUCUGCGAUCAUCAUUCAUCUUAAGAAAUUUCAGUUACUGUAAAUAUGUCUUAUUUUGUUAUAUUUCAAAAGUUGUCUACAAACCGUGGGGGGAUGUGACCUUAACACUACUGUAACUGCAGGUGUGCAGGAAAUGAAGGUACCAAAUCUACUUUUACUACCAACUACAUAAUAAAAAUAAUCAAGUGCUCGUCAGGAUCAGUACAAAUCAGAUCUGCUGAAAGAAUUUAGACUUAGAGUUCUGUCACCAAAGGACAUUUAGGAAACUUGAAAAUAUGGUUUUAUUUGGGUUUCACAUACCUUAUCAGCACAAAGUGCUCCGUUUCUUAUCUAUGUUGCUGGAUAAAUGGAACGAAGUUUGAAGUAUAACAUGUCAGGAAGCAUUACAAUGAAGGCUGGUAGAAGAUUUCCAAUGAAUUAAAUAAUUUAAAGAGGUUGUGGGAAAUAGAGGUCUUUUCAAGUUUUGUAUUUUGGUAAACUGCUGGAAUUAGAGAAUUGAAACAUUUUGAAAUCGGUACAAAUGAUUUUUGUAAAUUAACUUUUAUUUAAACCUUUGUAGUUGAGUUUUAUAAUUAAAAGGGGAACAUAUUUAAUGUAAUUUAUUUCUAAAUAAUAAUCCAAAUAAAAUAUUCUAUGA